AUGGCUUCUGGACAUGGUGCCUUCGUGCUUGCCGCCGCCAUGUUGGCUGCCCCUCUUGCUUCUGCCUCCGGGAUGACGAUCAACCUGACCACGCCGACCGUAUGGCAGCGAGGCACGAACGUCAACGAGACGUGGGCAUCGGAUGUGGGGCCUUAUAACUCCGGGAUGUUCGACCUGCUCCUUGUCAAUCAUAAUUCAACGGGAGCGACCCGAUAUACGCUCGCCACAAAUGUCCUCACCUACUAUGAAAUAUUCUGGUUCAUAGUGCCGAAUGUUCCCGUCUCGUCCAACUACACAUUGCAAGCGGUGAACCUCACGAACUAUGCGGACGUAUACGACCAGAGCGGCACGUUCUCUAUAGAUUGA